GUUGACGUUUUCGGCUCGUGUGCGGCCAACACGACGCAGAACGCCCUGAAUUUAAGAUACCUGCAGAGGGUUUGUGCAUGGCCUCAUGAUACUGGCCUCUCUUUGGCCAGCAGGCGGUGUAGUUCCUCGUUAUGGCGCGAUCGGGGUGUGACCAGGGGGUACACCCCCCCCAUUUCUUACAGCGAUAUUCCAACAGGAUCGCUGUUGGAAAAUGGGCCAAUUUUCGAACAGGACGGCCGGAAUCGCUGUUGGAAACUUCGCUGUUGGAUUUUGGGCUGUUGCAAAAUGCCAUUUUCCUGCCCUUCGACGUGGGCCAAGGCCUCCGACAGGGAUGCAACCUGGCCCCGAUGCUGUUCAAUUUGUUCUUUGCCGCGAUGCUCAUGGUUGCCGUGGCCGAGUCCGACAAGGACCCCAAGAUGACGGCGGACAUGGUCAAGAUCGGGACACAAGUGGAGUACACGGGCAAGAAGGGCAAGUCGGCGGGGAAAAAGACGACGGUGGUGACGGACGCGCAGGCCUUGUGGGCCAUGCUCUACGCUGACGACGCGGCCAUCGUCUCGCGCUCGCCGGAGAGUCUCGAGAAAAUUGUGUCGGUCAUCGUGCGCGUGGCCGGCCUGUUCGGACAUAUGGUAUCGGAGCCAAAGACGGAGAUCAUGUGCAUGCUGCCAAAAGGGAUCGAGGAACGCCCGUUCACGGUUAGCGCCGCCGGCCAGACGUACAAGCAGACAGACCGAUUUGUGUACCUCGGGCGCACCAUCUCCGCGGACGGGAAGGCCGACCUGGAGAUCACGAGCCGCAGCUGCCGAGCGUGGAAGUGCUACCGCCGGAACAGGGCUUUGAUGUACGACAGGCGACGGGCCAACCGCCAGCUCAAGAUCCGGCUACUCCAGGUUCAAGUGGUGGAGACUCUCCUGUAUGGGUGCGCCUCGUGGAGCCUAACAGCGGAGCACUACACGAAGCUCAAUGGGACCCACCGCCAGUUCCUCACACGGUGCAUCGACUGGAGCAAGCGCAAACGCUCAGACCGCCCCCUGUCCUAUGCCGAGGCCCUCAUCCAGGCAGGCUGCGAGCAAACCAUCGAGGCCACCGUGCGCAAACGGAGACUGUGUUUCGCGGGCUUCGUUAUGCGCAUGGAGGACAGCCGCCUCCCCAAGCGCAUCCUGAUAGGAGCGAUGGCGGGGGGCGUGGGAUACCGGGGCGGGCAGGAGAGCGACUGGGUGUCUCGUCUAGGAGAGGACCUCGUGGCCUUCAACAUGGGAGACGAAAAGGAAGGGGGGAAAUGGAAAGAGAGCGCCAAGAACUCGGAGGUGUGGUACAACAAGGUCGAGGACGGGGCGGCAUGGUUCAUGAGGAAAUGGCACAGGCAGGAGGCGGAAGCGUCCGCGAAGCGCCAGCGCGCGAGGGAAGCAGAAGCAGAGAGUACGACCAUCUCAGGACCGAAGAGAAAGAGAGCCGGGGAAGCGGCGGUGGGGGGGAAGAAACGGCGACCGGGCACUGCUGUAGAAGCGAGUAGGGCGGACGAGGCAGCGCUUGUGGCGAACCAUGUACCCGGCUGA